AUGCAGAUCACCCAUGAGAAUAUCUACCUGUGGGACAUCCACAACCCUCGCACCAAACUGGUCACCUGGCCGCUCUGCUCCCUGCGCCGCUACGGACGAGAUGCCACGCGCUUCACCUUUGAGGCUGGACGGAUGUGUGACAGUGGAGAAGGCCUGUACACAUUCCAGACGCGGGAGGGAGAACAGAUCUACCAGAGAGUCCACUCCUCCACCCUGGCCAUCGCUGAGCAGCACAAGAGAGUUCUGAUGGAGAUGGAGAAGAACAGCAGAUUGUCUAAAGGUUCUGAGACGGGCUCCUACCCCUGUACCCCCACGGCCAUCCUGCCCCGCAGUGCCUUUUGGCACCAUAUCACUGGCACUCAGGGGGGCAUGGACCCAGCCCAUGGUGACAUGUUUGGUGGUUCUCAGACUGGCGCUGAUGCAGACCUGCUCUCCACCCGGCUGCCCUCAGAGCCACGCCACGCUACCAUGCCCCUGGCACACAGCCAACACUCGCCCGUCCGCUACCCCACCUACCCCAGCCAGUGAUCCCAGGGGUGCAUUGCAGACCCCUAGCCUCCACCACACCCCUACUCUGUACCCGAACACUCCUCCCAUUCUCCUUUCUCUGCAGUGCUCACCUCGACUCCACGCCCCCUCAUCUACCCUCCAGCCAAUCAGGUUGGGGUGGGGUCAUAGGACCUCCCCUAAAGCUGGUAGCUCUGUGAAGCAGGACAU